AUGAAAAGAAGAGAACCCACUGAUCCAGAAGAUCCAAUGUAUGGGGCGUCUUCCUCAUCGACCUCUCCACAUGUAGGUGAUCAUGAAUGCAUAACCAAAAAGCCAAAGAGAAAUGACUACGAAGUAUUCUUGAGCUUUAGAGGGGAAGACACUCACAAAGGCUUCACCGAUCAUCUCUAUAUUGGCCUUGUCAAUGCAGGAAUUCAUGUGUUCAGAGAUGACAAUGAGCUCUAUGUUGGUGAGGAGAUUGGUCCCGAGCUUCUCUGCAGUAUUACGCAGUCUAAGAUCUCCAUCCCGAUUAUCUCAAAGAAUUACGCUUCCAGCAAAUGGUGCCUUCGGAGUUUUGGAGAUGCUAUCAAUGCCCAUAAAGAUGAUUUGGAUGAAAUGGUUGUGAAUGAAUGGGAGAAAGCGCUUGAAGAAGUCAGUUCCUUGAAAGGAUGGGAAUCGGACAAAGUUUAUGAUGGUCGUGAAGGAGAAUUGGUUAAAACUGUUGUCAGAUAUGUUAUGAGUGAGUUAAAAAGACAUUUUGAGCUAAUUACUCCCAAACAAUUGAUGGGAAUUGAUGAUCGCGUGCAACAGGUAAUGAGCUUAAUAGAUGCUAAAUUCUAUGAUACAGGGAUUAUCGGAAUUUAUGGAUUCGGCAGCAUCGGUAAGACAACUCUUGCAAAGGUGUUAUACAACAAACUCUCCAGUCAUUUUGAGUAUCUUAGCUUUGUGGCGGAUAUUCGAGAAACAUCUCGGCACAAGGGUAUUGAAUGCCUACAAAAGCAGCUCAUUAACGAUGUACUAAGAAAUCCACACGAUGUGUCUAAUGUUGAUGGGGGAAUUGGUUUCAUCAAAUCUCGAUUUACAAGUAAGAAAAUCCUUAUUCUUCUUGAUGAUAUUGAUGACAAGAAUCAGUUGAAUGCUUUGGCCGGAGAGGGUAGUUGGUUUAAAGCAGGAAGUAUAGUCAUUGUUACAACUAGAAACAAGAGCAUUCUCGAUGAGACUGUUGUACGCCAUGUGUACCAACUCAACGAGUUGCCUGUAAAUCAAUCAUUGAUUUUAUUUAGUAGAUAUGCAUUUCGGAAGGAUUCUCCCCAAAUUGAUUAUUGGAAUCUCUCUCGUGAUGUCGUAUCUACUACCGGGGGGCAUCCAUUAGCUCUUGAAGUUAUUGGUUCAUUCUUACGUGGAAAGCCAAAAAAAGUAUGGAAGGAUACGUUGAAGAAAUUAAAGAAAGUGCCUGAUAGGAAAGUCCAAAAGACUUUGAGGAUAAGUUACAAAGCUUUAGAUGAUGAGGUGCAACAGAUAUUUUUGGACAUUGCAUGUUUUUUUAUUGUGUAG